AUGUCGUCAGCUAUAACAGCGGGCGCUCUACAAUCUAUUCCGUUUCCGUACAAUCUCUUUUUUUUUUUGUCCCCGUGUGUCUCUCAGGUGGUGGAGGUGAAGCUGAGUGCAGCAGAGGAGCAGGAGAAAUGGCUGGCGGAUGCACUCAACGUGGUCAAGCAGCAGGCCUUCUACAUGCGCCGAGCUCUCGACUCGGGCAACCUACGAGAGGCCCUCAAGUACUCAGCGCAAAUGCUUUCUGAGCUCCGCACCUCCAAGCUCGCACCACAGAAAUACUACGAGCUCUACAUAGUGGUGUGUGGCGAGCUGCAGAACCUGGAGGCCUUCUUCUGGGACGAGCACAAGAUGCGCGGCCGCAGCUGUGUGGACCUCUAUGAGCUCGUGCAGCACGCCGGCAACAUCGUGCCAAGGCUGUAUCUCCUGUGCACGGUAGGGGCAGUGUACAUUCGCAGCAAGGAGGGGCCGGCUAAGGAGGUACUCAGCGACCUGAGCGAGGUUUGCAAGGGCGUGCAGCACCCCAUCCGCGGGCUGUUCCUGAGGGCGCAUCUCACCCAGUGCAGCCGAGAUAAAUUGCCCGAUACUGGGUCGGAGUAUGAAGGCGAGGGUGGCACAGUGGUGGAUGCAGUGGAGUUUCUGCUGCAGAACUUCACGGAGAUGAACAAGCUGUGGGUGCGCAUGCAGCACCAGGGGCCUGCCACCGAGAGGGAGAAGCGCGAGCAGGAGCGGCGAGAGCUCAGAGACUUGGUGGGCAAGAAUCUGCAUCUGCUGAGUCAGCUGGAGGGGGUGAAUCUGGACAUGUACAAGACUGUAGUGCUGCCGCGCAUCCUAGAGCAGAUCGUGAACUGCAGGGACGAGAUAGCCCAGCAAUAUUUGAUGGACUGCCUCAUCCAGGUUUUCCCAGACGACUUCCAUCUCAACACCCUCGAGACGCUCCUGGGGGCGUGCCCUGAGCUACAGCCGAGUGUUGACGUGCGGACCAUCAUGUCUCAGUUGAUGGACCGCCUUUCGACCUUCAUGGAUAAGAACCCUGAUGCCUUGCCGCAUUUCCUGGAGGUGGAUGCUUUUGCCAAGUUCAACUCCGCUGUCAGCAAGACCUGGCGAACGUGUCUCACCCCUUGCCCUUCCCACGUAGUGCCGCCACGGAUCAGGCUCCAGCACCAACCCUGCUCCUGCGCACGGGUGAUGGAGGCGCAGGCGGAGAUGCCGCUAAAGGGCGUCGUCAGCCUGCAUCUGGCUCUCCUGCAGUUUGUGCUGCGCGUGCAUCCCGACCGCCUCGACUACAUCGACCAAGUGCUGGCGGCUUGUGUGGGGAUAUUGGAUGCGAGGAGGCAGACCAAGGACAGCCCGACAACAAAGCAGCUGGUGGCACUACUCUCAGCAGCGCUGGACAAGUUUGGGCCGGGCGGCGUGCUGACGGUGCUGCAGCUACCACACUACGCACGGGUCAUGGGGCACCUGGACCAUGAGACGAAUAAGGCAAUGGCGGUGGUGAUCAUUCAGAACAUGGUGAAGCAUGAGACCACGAUUGGAGACCCAGAGAAGGUGGAGUGCUUACUCAGCCUCGUGCGCCAUCUCACUCAAGACAUGGACGGCGUUCCUCCAGUCGACGAGCUUGACAUGGACGACUUUUCUGAGGAGCAGAAUCUCGUGGCGCGUCUCGUGCACCUGCUGGUCAAUCCCGACCCGAGAAUACAGUUCCAGAUCCUAGCCAUCAUCCGAACGCAUCUCUUCAAGGGAGGCCAAUCCAGACUACGCUUCACCAUCCCCUCACUUGUCUUCUGCUCGCUACAGUUGGUGCACCAGCUGCUAUCUCAGGGCAUCACAGGGGCGGAUCAGGCACUGGCAACAGCGGGGGCAGCGGCGAGUCAAGCAGCAAUGGCGGCUGCUGCAGCAGGGGAGGGGCCUGUCACUCCUCUCACGCUCUUCCUCUUCCUGCACAAGGUGGUGGAGACCCUGUCAGAGUUCGUGCCUCCAUUGGCCCUCAAGCUCGCCCUCGAGUGCGCGCAGGUGGCCAGUGCGUGUGGUGUGGAGCCCAUCGCAUAUGACCUCUUCACCCUCGCCUUUGUCAUCUAUGAGGAGGAGAUAUCGGAUUCCAAGGCACAGGUCACCGCUCUGCACCUGAUCAUUGGAACGCUGCAGCGCUGCCACGUGUUUGCAGAGGAGAACAGAGACACGCUCACACACAAGGCCACUGGAUACUCGGCCAAGCUACUAAAGAAAGCGGAUCAGUGUCGCGCUGUGUGCGCCUGUGCACACCUCUUCUGGAGCGAUGAGGAGAACGGCCCUAGAGAUGGCGAAAGGGUGGUGCUGUGUCUCAAGAGAGCGCUCAAGAUUGCCAACGCAGCAGCUCAGCAGCUCUCAGCCGCUGCCAGAGUGCCCGGUUCGCACGUGGUGCUGCUGGUGGAGAUUCUCAACAAGUACCUGUACUUCUUUGACAAGGGCAACCCCCAUGUGACCCCCGUGGUGCUGCAAGGCCUCAUCGAGCUCAUCACCUCCGAGCUCGCUGUCGAUGGCGCCACCGUCGAUGCCACCGUGCACAGCUUUUACCGGGCGACGCUUGCGCAUAUAAAGGACCAGAAGCACAAGGCGGGUGCGAUAGGGGAGAAGUAUGCUGAAAUCCAGAUUUGA